AUGACAAAGAAGGAAAACCGUACUAUCACAGAGGAAGAAUUCUAUGUUCAGCGCUCGGAGAAGCUAAGCAUGCUUAGGAAGCAAGGCAAAGAAAUCUAUCCGCACAAAUUCAACGUGACGCAUUCGAUUGGGGAAGUAAGCAAGAAAUAUGCAGACUUGGCGAGCGGUGAUAUGACCAGCGAUGAUGUGCAUGUUGCUGGUAGACUGAUAGGAAUACGCGGACAGGGAAGAAUGAACUUUCUGAAAAUGCUAUCGGAUGGUGAGCAAAUACAAAUAGUGUACGUUGCGGACUCAGAGGAAAAGAAGACGCUCUUCUCAAAUCUGAGGCGUGGUGAUAUUCUGGGGGUUUCUGGCAAGAUUGGAUGCAGUAAGACAGGGGAAUUGAGCAUCUUUGCCUAUAAUAUUGAAGUGCUGGCGCCUUGUGUCCGCACCUUGCCCGUCGAGUACUUCGGUAUAAAGGACAGUGAGCUGAUUUACCGGAACCGAUACCUCGAUCUGCUCAUGAACGAAGAAUCCAGGAACAGAUUUAUUACCAGGACGAGGAUUAUACAAUUUUUAAGACGAUUCCUUGAUGACAGGCAAUUCCUUGAGGUCGAAACACCAAUGAUGAAUUUGAUACCGGGCGGAGCCGCUGCCAAUCCCUUCAUCACGCAUCACAAUGAACUGAAGAUGGAUCUGUAUCUGCGAAUAAGCCCUGAGCUCUAUCUGAAGAAGCUGGUUGUUGGUGGCAUGGACAGGGUGUACGAGAUUGGCCGUGUUUUUAGGAAUGAAGGAAUCGAUCUUACGCAUAACCCGGAAUUUACCUCUUGCGAAUUUUACAUGGCAUACGCCGAUUACAACGACUUGAUCGUGAUGACAGAAGAGCUUCUGCAUGAGAUGGUCAAGUCCGUAAACAAUGGUGUAAAGGUGGAGUACCAUCCGAUGAAGAGGGAGUGUAGGCCUGACAAGGUGGUAAUUGAUUUUGCGAGGCCGUUCAGAAGGAUAGACAUGCUUGAAGAAUUGAGCGCAAAGCUGGGCAUUGAAUUGAACGGUGAAAAUCUGGAAUCGAAAGAGAAGGAAUUGAUUGAAAUAUGUGAAAAGAAUGGCAUCAAGGUGGAUGAGCCGCGAACGCUUUCACGGGUACUUGAUAAGUUGGUGGGACACUUCAUCGAGCCCGAAUGCAUCAAUCCCACGUUCAUAAUUAACCAUCCUAUAGUAAUGUCUCCUCUGGCGAAAAAGCACCGAUCAAAGCCUGGGCUAACGGAAAGGUUUGAGCUGUUCAUCAAUGGAAAAGAGAUUGUGAAUGCAUACACGGAGCUAAACGAUCCGUUUGAUCAAAGAGAGCGGUUCCAGAAGCAGGUGGAGGAGCACGAUGCAGGAGAUAGCGAAGCGAUGUUGAUGGAUGAAAGCUUCUGUGUAGCGCUAGAAUAUGGACUUGCACCGACUGCUGGAUGGGGAAUAGGGUUGGAUAGACUCGCAAUGUUCCUGACAAAUGCUGCCAAUAUAAAGGAUGUUCUGUUUUUCCCAGCAAUGAAACCGGAUAAUUAAAACCAACUUUUUGAUACCAUGCCACACGUCUUUGCCAUGAUGUUCCGCAAGGAAUGGUGUGGUGGAUAGCAGCACAUAUAAAUAAAAAUUGAAAUAAUACAAA